AUAAUUCAUGUUCAUUCAAGCUCUUGAAACGGACUUAUUAACACUAUACAGAGAGUGAGAGAAAACUAACUUUACUGAUAUUUAACCACUCAAAAUAAAAACUAACAACAAUCAUGGCUGAAGAUUAUGGUGAGAAGAGAAUUUCCGGACGACCUGACUUCUCCUUUCUCAUCAAAUGUCCAAUUUGUCAUGAUACUUUAAGGAAUCCAAAAAUACUAUCUUGUUUCCACCAUUUCUGCGCUGAAUGCAUAGAAAAACAUCACACUGAAACACAAGAAGGAAAUCAGGCUUUGUGUCCACUUUGUCGGCGACCGUUUGUUCUCGACUUAAGUGGAGCAAACUCUUUACCAACCUGUCCAUAUGCUCAACAAGUGUUAGACGAAAUCGAAAAACGAAAUCUUGAAGAAGAGGAAAGAAGGAAGUGUGUCAGAUUGUGUACUGCAAAUAUGUUAUGCAAAGAAAAUUUACAAACAAUCGCAGUUUUUAAUUGUCCAACUUGUCAGCUUGAUCUUUGUGAAAAUUGUGAAGAAGCCCAUUCAAAGUUUGCAAAAACACAUGCAAUGAUAUCUCUCCAAAAAACAGAGGCGGAACCAGAUAUGAUAGCAAAAAUUCUUUCUGAAAAAUCUCCCAUAACAUGUAAUGUUCAUUCCGAGUUUAAUUUGAAAUUUUUUUGCGAGAACUGCGAUUUACCUAUUUGUCAGGAAUGCGAGUUAGACCAUGAUGGUCAUAAAAUAGCAACGCUGAGAGAAAUAGAGGAACAAACUAAAAAUAAAAGAGAAAUAAUAAAGACAAGAAAGGAAGAAUUAGAGAAAUUAAAAGGAGAUCUUAAUGCCUUUUUGAUAAUGCUUCAAACUGGAGAGGACAAGGCACAACGAGAAAUACAAGAAUAUUACAAUGGCUGGAUAAAGAAAAUGGAAGAUCAUAUGCAGUGCAUGUUAUCCGAUCUUAAAGAGAGAUCAUCAAAAACAGAAGAAGAAAUCAUUGGUCAUUUAAAAGCUCUUGAUAACCAAAGUAUAAAUGCGGCAAAAGUUUUACAGAACAUAAAUAAGUUAAUUGCCAUUGGAAAUGAAACAUGCACUUUGAAAACAUGGAACGUAUUGUACAAAAAAAUUGAAAAGCUUGAACAAGACAAAGAUGGAGAUAUAUACUUGCCUGAAAAAUUUGCCUAUCGAUUCUCAAAACCUCGUCAGGACUUUCAAAUUUUUGGUAAAAUAAAACAAGCAAAGGCUUACUGUGAUUUUCAUGGAAUGUUCAAAUCUGUUGCUUGCACGUCGGUAGAUAAGGAAGAAGAUCAUGGGGACAGGAAUGUGGAAAGACAUUUGGGUGAUGAACUUUUUUCUAGAGAAUGUGAUAGUUUACAUGCACAUGUUUCUGGCUCUGAAGAAAAUGUGUCAUCCUUUGAUGGUUUAUACUGCCCAAGACGAUUCACUUCCUCUCGUGUAGACCAAGAAUCUCUCUGUUCAGAAAAUUUUCCUGAAAAUGAUUCCACAGAACGCCAGAAUGUCGAAGUGGAGGAAGGAUUAUACGAGGACAAUGAAGCUGCUCAAACCUUUUUGAAAGAUUCCUGUGCUUCGCUCUUAGAUAGCAAGUCUGUAUGUACUGAGAGUUUUGGAGGAGAUCAGUCAACAGGUUUAUACUGCCCAAGACAAUCCACUUCCUCUCGUGUAGAUCAAAAAUCUCUCUGUUCAGAAUAUUUUCCUGAAAAUGAUUCCACAGAACGCCCAAAUGUCGAAAUGGAGGAAGGAUUAUAUGAAGAAAAUGACUCUGCUCAAACCUUCUUGAAAGAUGUUGAAUGCCUGACAGAUUCCUGUGCUUCGCUCUUAGAUCGAGAGUCCGUAUAUACUGAGAGUUUUGGAGGAGAUCAGCCAACAGCAUCUGCUGAAAGCAAUUUGAAGGAAAAUAAACCUCCACCUCCUCCACCACGGAAUUACGAUCCUAAAGCAUCUGCUGAAAGUAACUUGAAGGAAAAUAAACCUCUACCUCCCUUACCACGGAAUAACAAUCCCAAAGAGUAUCAGCAUGAAAUAUCAGAGGAAGUUGGAAAUGGCAACACCUAUUCUGUUUCCAAGAAACGAAAGGAGCGUACAGAAAAUGUUAAUGACAACAGUAUCAACCCAUAUUUAUGCCUAAAUAACGUUCCCUUAAAAUUUGAAGUUUCAGGUGGAACAAUGUUACCAAACGGACAAAUUCUUUUAACAAGCUAUCAUGAGGGAGCUUUAUGGUUGUUGAAGGAGAGUGGGGAGAUUAUCAAGCGAGUAAAAGCAAAAUAUGUCUGGGAUGCAGCUGCCGGUGUGGACUUUAACGGAAUAGAGCAAGUCUUUGUUACCUUUGUUAGACCAAAUGCAAGGAAGAAAUCAAGAGUUGAUUUAUUUUCAACAGAGGGAGAGUGUCUUGGCCUUUUUACAAAGGACGUGGACCAUCCACUUGGGGUUGCUUGUUCCUCGAAAGAGGUCUUUGUUUCAGACAAAAACAAAAUGAUUAAAGUGUUCUUUUUGUCAAACGGAUGCUUAAAAUAUACAAUCAAAAACACUCUUUUUAAGAAUCCCUGGUUCAUUGCGUUAAAGGGGGAAACGCAUCUAUUGGUUUCAGAUUUUGAUGCCAAUUGUGUUUUUUUAAUCAAUCUGGAUAACCCUCGCGAAAUCGUCAAAAAGUUUCAAAAUCAAAUGGCAACAAAUUCAGAUGUUUCUGCAUUUGUACCCGGCAAAUGCCUUUUUCUAAGAAAAAUUUGUUUUCUAAGUGACCAAAAGGGGAAAAAAGUUGGAAUUAUCACCCAGUCCGGAAGAAUGAGAACAUUUAUUAAAGACGUUUUUCCUGAUAUUGAAUUUGCUCCAUUUCUAUUAUUGAUGAAUUCAAAAGAUAACCUCAUAAUCGUUUCUAAAUCUGGACUUAUAACUACAUUGCAGUUAGAUUUCGCGGCUCUGGAAGAUUAUACAAUUCUGUGAAGCAAAAACUGACAGAGAAUCUCAAAAUUGAUGAUUUAUGUAAAUAUUGAGCGUGUUUUAAGAAAAUUAAGUUUGCUUAAAAAGGGGGGAAAUCUGAAAGGUAAAAAAUUGAUGAGAGAUUACUUCAAUGCACUGACGAAAAUUAAUUUUCUAAACAUAAAGUCCAUAAUCGAAAAGAAAUCUAACAAAUUACUUUCAAAAUAUCUUUUAAACCCUACCAAAACAUACUUUUAUAUUUUGUUUAUACGUUUUAAAAGUGUUGCAUUUAACGAAACAUCAAUGCAACACUUUAUAGGAUAGGGGUGGCAUGGUAUUUUGAAAACUAUCUAUAUAGCCAAUGACUUGAGAAUUAUAUCUCUAAAACCCAAUGAUCGAAUUAAAAUGCACAGAAUGAUAUAAAAGAGUGAACUUACUUAUUGUUUUAAUAGUUAGAAUGGUGCGCUAUUGUCUAUUAAAAAUAUUGUCAAUCAUUGAAUUAAAAAUACUGUGAAACAAGAAGUGUUUAUAAUGUUUUAAAAUGAAACAGUUUAGAUGUUUUUAAAGACUUGUGGAUAUUUGUCAAUUAUAAUUUUAAAAAAAAUCAAAUUUAGUGGUUUAUUGAUGAUUUGUAGCUUAUGAUUUGUUGCAGUUGUUGUAAUUUGUUGGAGUGUUUUGUUAGCCUCAUUUGCAUGAGAUUUAUUAAACUAUUGGAAUACUUUCAAAACACAGUAUUUGUAAAUAGUUUGUUAGAGCGGUAAAUAAGUAGUUUGUUAGAGUGUAUUAUUAGUAAUUUGAUAUAGAGUUCUGUUAGCUCAUUUGCAUGUGAUUUGCUAUACUAUCGGAAUAAUUUCAAAUCACAAUUUUUGGUUGAUUUUGUUGUAGUUAGUAUUUUGUUAGUAUUUUGUUAGUAUUUUGUUUCCCUUUUUGCAUUUGAGGUGUCUAUUAUCAUCAUUAAAACUACCAAAAGAAAAAAAAAAGACACUGCCAAGUCUCAGCAUUGUAAAGGCUGAAAAAAGGAGGCGGGGCCUAAUUUAUACGGAAAAAGUUUACUGUGACAAAAAUAUUCCCCUGAAUACCAGAAAAUGAAAUAAAUUGCACUUGAAACUGAUGUAGUAUAAUAUACAACAAUAAAACUUAUCAAUGCAUUAUAAAAAAAUUGCUAAUUAAAUCCCAUACAGCUGGUUAUAAACAAAUCACUGAUCCCGAUGAACUUGUCAAUCAUGACAUAAUUUUGGUAAAAAUGCCGUAUUUCAUGUGCUGGUGAUAGGCAGACAGAGGAAUUCUUUAACAAUGAAAAAUGCUUUUUAUUAAAAAACAGAAUAGUAUUUACAGGUUUUAAAUAGGCUAUUAAUACCAAUUGCAAAGUAUAUCCUUUGUUUAGUGCGAUUUUUCAUUAACUACCGAGAGAAUGCAUUCAAAUAAAUUUGUACUGUUUUUAUGUGCAUGUUAGGUUUAUUUCACAUGGAGGUGUCUCAUGAAAUCGUUCUUUCGCUAGGGCAUACACUAAAUCUUAACUAUUUUACAAUAUAAAUAAAGGAUAUGUUCCUCAACUUGUAAAGAGAUGCUGUUUUCUUGAAAUCAAGAACGUGACAUUAUAAGUACACGAAAUAUUUGGUAAAAGUCAAACAUAUUUCGACAUGGGCCUAUUUAAUUGACAUUUUAUCUAUUAAAACUCGAUUUUUUUUCAAAGCAGGAGCACUUUCCAGAAUAUUAAGUUAACAGAAACAAAAAAUAGCUCGAUUUUUAAUUUCAAAUAGGGUAUGCCCUUGCGAUAUUGAAAUUUGUUAAGGACCUUCAUUCAGUACACGUACCAUGCAUUCAUCACGUGACUGUCCAUCGAUUGGACCAAACUUUAUACAGUUCAGAGGAUGUUAUACGAUGCUAUUUCCAUAAGUAUUUAAGUUCUGUGAUAAUAAAAGGGACGAAUAAAAAUAAAUCCAGUUUUUAAAAAUAAGCUCGCUUUUGCAGUUCUAUUUUCCGUUGAUGUCUCAUAGAAAGUCUUCAUAGUGCCGCGGUCUCGUCAAUUUGAGAUAGAUAGAUCAACUCACCCCCUAACUCUUAAGUUCUGACCAUUUGACCUUGGGAUUUGUACUUAUUUUUAAAACUAAAACUUUGGCCAUCACCUUUGAACAGUAGAUAAUUUGAUAUUGUUAGCAAAUAUAGCAUAUUAAAGGCUGACUUGUUUCAUAUUAAUUGUAAGAUUUUUGUUUGUAAAUUCAAUUGACUAAGAAAAGAAAUAUAGAGCUGGCUGAUACGUUUAACAUGUUGGUGUAAGAGAAUCAAGACUAGCAUCCAAAUUCUUAAUUUUAUUAUUUCAAUAAGGGAAUAUUUUAUUUUUGUACAGAUCUUAUUCAUUCCAUUUGUCCUUUCUAUUGAAAAAGACGACUCAUGUACGUUAACUGGGCCUUGUGUAAUGUGUUUCUGUCGUUUCCAUAAUUAAUUUCGUAGUUAUAUAUUGAUUGU